UCUGCAGAGGCAGCCACGUGGGGCCUCAUGAUCAAAUCCAGCUGCUGAACAGGCUGUCGGUGCUUUUGUGACUCAGGCAGGGGCAGAGGUAUGAGCGACUGAGCUGAGAAUACACAUAAACACAGAUGUGCGAUUCCAGGAUGGCCGGAAAGAUCCAGACGCUGACGGAGGAGGAGAGGGGCCAUCUUCUCCCACUGCUGAGGAACGCGCAGUGGGUGGAGGUGGGGGGGAGAGAUGCCAUUUACAAAGAGUUCAUCUUCAAAGACUUCAACCAGGCCUUUGGCUUCAUGUCCAGGGUGGCUUUGCAGGCAGAGAAGAUGGACCACCACCCUGAGUGGUUUAACGUCUAUAACAAGGUUCAGAUCACGCUGAGCACACAUGAAUGUGGUGGCCUCUCACAGAGGGACAUCACGCUGGCCACCUUCAUCGACCAGGUGUCUGUCGUCUGAGCCAUCUGCUGUGCCCAUUAAUGAAUUGUGUAAUAUUGUGGGCAAUCCCAACUAGCAAGAAAAUCCUCAAAAGCUCAAAUCCCACUGGUUCCUACUCUGUCAUAGGUAGGCUAAAAGAUGCUGUCUGGUUAAUUUCCUGGGCUACGAUCAUCUAAAUCAGGGGUCUCCAACUCUGGUCCUGGAGAGCUACCGUCCAGUAGGUUUUCUAUCAUACUCGCUUCUGAUGAGCCACACCUGUUCUCAGGUAAAUAUCAGGGCCAGGUAGGAUAGAAAACCGACUGGAUAGUAGCUCUCCAGGACCGGAGUUGGAGACCCCUGAUCUAAGUCAAAUGGUACCAACCAUAUAGGAAGAAGGAACCUUCUAGGGUCAAAGGUUAAAGUUAUUUUCAUAAAACUAGCAAAUGUUACUGCACUUUUCAGAAACAGUCAGCAGUGGGCAGGGUUUAGGCCUUGGCAUGUAGGAUGUUCCAUUGACUUCUCUGGAGGCCCCAUACUGGUGUCCACUGUGCUGCUUCACGCAAAUGCCUCUUAAACUGUUAUCUUAAAUGCAUCCCUGAUAAUGUGUGCAGUGCUUGUGGGAAAUAAAACCAGACUCAUAUUAUGCAUCAA